GGCAGCUCCGCCCCGCCCGGCCCCGGCCGCGGCCCCGCUCCCGGCCCUGCCUCUCCCCGGUAGCGCCAUGGCCGCGGCCCCGGCGGCCGAGGGGGCCCCGGCGGCACCGGACGGCAGCAACAGCAGCGCCGAGUCCUUGGACCGUCUGUACCCGGCGGUGGGGUCCUCCAAGCCGCCCCGAAAGCGGACCACGAGCCAGUGCAAGUCGGAGCCCCCCCUGCUGCGGACCAGCAAGAGGACCAUCUACACGGCGGGCCGGCCGCCCUGGUACAACGAGCACGGCACCCAGUCCAAGGAGGCCUUUGUCAUAGGCCUGGGAGGAGGCAGCGCCUCUGGGAAGACCACGGUGGCCACCAUGAUCAUCGAGGCUCUCGACGUCCCCUGGGUGGUGCUGCUCUCCAUGGACUCCUUCUACAAGGUUUUGACCAAGCAGCAGCAGGAGCAGGCGGCCAGCAACGACUUCAACUUCGACCACCCUGAUGCCUUCGACUUCGACCUCAUCAUCGCGACCCUGAAGAAGCUGAAGCAAGGCAAGAGCGUGAAGAUCCCCAUCUACGACUUCACCACCCACAGCCGGAAGAAGGAAUGGAAAACCCUGUACGGCGCCAACGUGAUUAUUUUUGAAGGCAUCAUGGCGUUCGCGGACAAGGAGCUCCUGAAGCUCCUGGACCUGAAAAUAUUCGUCGACACGGACUCGGACAUCCGCUUGGUGCGCCGCCUGCGCAGGGACAUCAGCGAGCGCGGCCGUGACAUCGAGGGCGUCAUCAAGCAGUACAACAAGUUCGUCAAGCCCGCCUUCGACCAGUACAUCCAGCCCACCAUGCGCCUGGCCGACAUCGUCGUGCCCCGAGGGAGUGGAAACACGGUGGCCAUCGACCUGAUCGUUCAGCACGUCCACAGCCAGCUGGAAGAGGGCCGCCCUGGCCUCUGCCCACCAGUGCCACCCUCUUCCGCAGACCCUCAGCGUGCUGAAGAGCACCCCUCAGGUGAGGGGCAUGCACACCAUCAUCAGGUAAAGCCCUCCCCCGGGGCAGGAUGGGGCUCGGCUGGGGUGGGCUUGGCUCGGUUUGGGCUCCCGAACCCCCAGAGCUCAACCUGUGCCCUGCCCCGGGGCUUGGGGACAUGGGACAGGGGAGCUGGGAGUGGGGCCUGGGUGCAGGAGCAUUGCUGGGGGUGCUCUCAGAAGCACUCGCUGGCUGGAAAGCGCUCUCUCAUCUUGCCAGCGAUUUUUCUGCUUUUCACCUUAGAACUUUUUAACUUAAAACACCUUAAACCUCAGCCUGUGGGCCCCGUGCAAACAAGAAGCCGACAGCCAGCUGUGGCAGGGGCUGCCCUCCUGCACACAGCCCCUGCCAUGUGCUGGGGGGAACACGUUUUGGUCCCCAGCUUACGUUUCUUUUCCUUCCCCUCCAGAAACAAGGAGACCAGCAGGGACGAGUUCAUUUUCUACUCCAAGAGGCUGAUGCGGUUGCUGAUUGAGCACGCGCUCUCGUUUCUCCCUUUCCAGAGUUGCACAGUCCAGACCCCUCAGGGACAGGACUACGAAGGGAGGACAUACAGUGGGAAGCAAAUCACCGGGGUGUCCAUCCUGCGGGCGGGCGAGACGAUGGAGCCAGCGCUGCGAGCUGUCUGCAAGGACGUGCGCAUCGGGACCAUUCUCAUCCAGACCAACUGCAACACGGGCGAGCCGGAGCUCCACUACCUGCGGCUGCCGAAGGACAUCAGCGAAGACCACGUCAUCCUGAUGGACUGCACGGUCUCCACAGGCGCAGCGGCCAUGAUGGCAGUGCGGGUGCUGCUGGAUCACGAUGUCCCAGAAGACAAGAUCUUCCUCCUCUCCCUGCUUAUGGCAGAGAUGGGUGUCCACUCAGUCGCCUACGCUUUCCCCCGGGUGAAGAUCAUCACCACAGCUGUGGACAAGAAGGUGAAUGACCUUUUCCGGAUAAUCCCUGGCAUUGGGAAUUUUGGUGAUCGGUACUUCGGAACGGACGCUCCUCCUGACUGGAGUGAUGAUGAAGACGCUCUUAGCACUUAGCUGGAUGUGGAGGUGCCUCUGGUGACAGGCAGCUUCAGCACCGCACCUUAACCCCUUCUGUCCAUUGCAAAGAUUUCUCCUUUCUCCUCACCAAGCAUAGAUAUUUUUUUCAAAUCUUACAUUGGAGAUCUAGGGCAUAUUUUUUCAAAGAUACACAAAUCCUAGUUUGACUUUGUGGACAGUUGCGUGUCCCAGCAUAGAGUGGAGUUAAUUUAUUUUAAUUUAAAUAUUUGCCUAUAUAACUUAUUGGAGAUAUUUUAUAAAGAAAAAUAAUAAAUUUUUUCUCUGGUUUUC